UGGCUGCCGGCGCUGCUGGGUGCUGGGGUCGUGUUCCUGGGCACCGAGCUCAGGCCCUACUCGCUCUGCUCCCAUUGCCACUCGCAGCGUCGGCCUUGCCCGCCUGCUCAUGGCCCUGGCCUUCCCGCUCUGCUAUCCGCUCAGCCGCCUGCUCGACUGGGCCCUGCGCCCAGACAUCGGCACCUUCUACACCCGGGAGAAGCUGCUGGAGACCCUCAGGGCCACCCACCCCUACCGCGACCUGCUCAAGGAGGAUCUCAACAUCAUCCAGGGUGCCCUGGAGCUGCGCACCAAGGCGGUGGAGGAGUGGGUGACCCUGGGGAAAUAUCACCUGGCCAUUGUCCAGCGGGUAAAUAACGACGGAGAAGGGGAUCCAUUCUAUGAGGUGAUGGGCAUCGUCACCCUGGAAGACAUCAUAGAGGAGAUCAUCAAAUCAGAGAUCCUGGAUGAAACUGGCCUUUACAUAAACCGAUCCCCUUCUCGCUGCAGUGGGUUGAAUUGCUCAGAGUCUCCAAACCGAGAGCGCAGUGACCAUGGGGGGAGCACCACUCAGCUGUACACCAACAACCUCAACACGCCUGACUACUCAGUCCACAUCCUCAGUGAUGUUCAGUUUGUGAAGAUCACCCGGCAGCAGUACCAGAAUGCCCUGACCACAUGUCACAUGGACAACUCGCCCCAGUCCCCCGACACAGAGGCCUUCACCAAUGGGGACUUCACCAAGGCCUCGACGGUCCGGGGGGCACCACAGACCCCCAAGGACGAGCCCACCGCCACCCUCCUGAAUGAUUGGAGCAGCCAUCAGUGCAGCCGGUCAGAUGGGCCGAGGAGCCCCAGCGAUGCGGGCUACCUGAGGAUGGAGGAGGUCUCCUUCAUCCAAGAGGAGCUGGCUGACAAUGAGGAGAAUGGGAAAUGGCAGUGUUUGCCACCCAAGGCCCCUGCCUCAGAUGGGACAGCUGGCAGAUCCUGUAACGUCAUCCUGGACGCCGACGCUCCAAACCUGGACCUGAUGACCAGUCCCUCCGGGAGUGGUUUCGAGGAAACUCUGGGCAAGAAGCUGCUGAGAACACUGAGUGGUCGAAAGAGAAAGCGAUCAUCUGAGGGAGAACAGACGCCUGAGGAAAACUCCAAUUUGACACCUCUUAUCACCUGA